AUGUCAGAAGGACCUGAUUGGGCUUUUAAGCUGUUCGAUUGUUUUGAUACACCGUUAACCUGUCUUUGGUCGUGCCUUGUACCUUGUGGAACUCCGUGCUUGCAGGCUACAACAACAAAAUUGACCAAUGAUAAAGAAGAAAAUGCUCCGCUUAUAGCAUUUUUGAUGGCAUGUGGCUUAUGCUGUUUUGGUGUGGCGUAUAAUCGCACUAAAAUAAGAGAAGUCUUAAGCAUAAAAGGAUCAUAUCUUAACGACUGCAUUUUGGCCACUUUUUGCUGCUGCUGCUCGAUGGUCCGUGAAUGGAGAGAAGUGAUGGCUAAUAAAGGAUUUAAAGAAGAUGAGCCAGUGUGGAAAGCAUGGAAAGGAUAUCAAGAAGUGUCCUCUUAA